CAAGAAAGUUCCUAGUAUUUCGAUAACUCAUUUAGAAAGCUUUAGUCCUGUCAUACAACCGGUAUUGAAAUGGUGGUAAAAACAUGAAAUACUGGAAACCAAGAGCAGCUCCAAGAGCACAUUCCAAGCAAAAUUUAAAUGAAUUAGGCUGUCAAACGGAGCAAACAAGCAGGACUCAAAUAGACUCAGUGAAAGGCGUAUUUACUGGGAAACCCUAAUGCCCUUCUCAGGCACUCGGCUUUGACUCUUGAUGACCGCAGUAGUACCUCUAACUAAAGUCUGGAAAAAAGAAGCACAAAAAAUCUCGCCGACCAACCUGGUUGGCCCAGGUCAAUGGAAAAUCCCCAGCGAAACUGAAGAAGGGACCACGUAAUAAAAGUAAGUCCUGACGGAUCCUGGUUGGCAUCAGUCUUAACUUUCUAAAGCUCUGAAACCGAUGACUGUUGUGGUUCAGCUUGGGGUAAAUUGCAAGGAUCCAAGAACGUAAUGGCUGUCAGACUGCUUGAGAACUGGUUGAGCAAUUAUUCUCUUACUCCGCAGUGCUCCUACGCACAAUUCGGAGCAUUCUUUGUAGAUUCGAUUCGAUUCAGGUAAUUCAGUACUGCUGCUACAGUAACCAGCAGUACCGUAGCUACUGCAGUAGUCAGGCCACGACGUCGACCCAACCAUCAGUGCAGCUUCGAAAGGCUUCAAGGUGCUCACUUUUUGAAAAGCUCAAGGCUGAAUUCGGGUUCAACCGUUCAACCACACAACUUCUUUCUCAACCUCUGGAAGCGAAAUCACAAUUUUCCUUCCCACACUCAGCUACCGUACCACUCUCAUCACCCACCGGUUACCUCCAGUCAUUCAGCACAUUCACUUCCUCAACCAAUCUUUUUUUAAGCAUAAAUAAUUCCUAACCAUGAGCAACAGAAAGAGCACGUUCCUCACCGCCAGGGCUUUGGACUUGGAGGACCCUGAAGAUGAUGUGUCGGACUGUGAUUUGAUCUCUGUGACGAGUCGCCGCAGCCGCCUGAGCGUGAACAGCAGCACCAUGGGCGACAUGAGUGCCGAGAAGGUGCCGGUCGCUGGAACCAACUCUAUCCGCACUACCCUCUUUCUCAUCAUCUUUCUGGGCGCCGCCACAUCGGCCGCCUUUGUCGGAUUCGGAGUGACCAAGGCUCAGGAUGAGCAGCAGGUGGCCUUUGUCAGCUCGGCCACCGAUGCCACCAACAAGAUCAAUCUGGCAUUUGAAGACUACGUCAACGCUGCCAGUACCAUCCACUUGCGUUGUCGUCACCGCAACUUUACCCGUCAAGACUUUCGCGAGACUUUCGAGUAUAUCAUUGCCAGUGGACUCCAAUUCAAGGCCGCGCAGUUUGACCCCAUGAUCACUCACGACGAACGUCCCGCCGCGGAAGCGGAAGCCAGAGCCUACUAUGCCGAGCACUACCCCCAUGUGGACUAUCAAGGUUUUCGAGGAUUCAACUACCCCAACAGCACGUCCUUGGAACCGCGUAUUGAUCAGCCCUUUUACUUCCCCAUUCACUACCAGGAACCCAUCUUGGGCAACGAAGCCGCCAUUGACCUCGACUACCAUUCCUCCGAGUCUCGCACGCGCGCCGUCGGAGCCCUCUUUGAAACCAAAGGACCGUCCCUCACGGAUCGUCUCUCGCUCGUCAAGAAAAAGGGAGAAGUCAGUCGUUGCGGCAAUCACAAUGGGCCUUCGUACGGCGUCGUGCUCAUGCACCCCGGUGUCGCCCUCGAUGAACCCCAAGCAGGAGACGAAAUCUGGCCCAAGGACUUUUCGUCCAUUGUUCUCUGUGUCCCCGACUUGUUGAAGCGGUCCACAUCCGAUCAAGCCAUGAGUGCGCUCGUCUACAUUCACGACCGUUCCCAGCCCGGAAAAGAUGCCGUCUUUUUGGGAGGCGCAUCGGUUCAGCAUACCGAUGGCAGUUCCGAACCGGACAUUAACUUUUUGGACGAAGAACCACUCGAAGCGUUGUCGGCCGGGCUCAUGGAACAAAACAAUGUCACGGCGGCCAACCGUGUCUGGACUGUCACGGUCUUGGCCAUUGAAGGGACCUACAAGCCCGACAUUUUGUUUGUCUGUUUGGGAGGCGCCGUCAUCUUUUGCGCCAGUCUCGCCCUGGCAUUUUGGAUGUGGACUUCGGCGCGCAGAGCGGAAAAGUUCAAUAAGGUCCUUACUUCGGCACAACGAUCCAACGCCAUUGUGUCGUCGCUCUUUCCCAAGAAUGUGGCCAAGCAAAUGCUGGACUACGAUGCCAACGAUCGGGACGGAAAGAAUGCCGACCUCAAGAGCAAGCCCAUUGCCGAUCUAUUCCCCAACACAACCGUCAUGUUUGCUGACAUGGAAGGUUUCACCGCUUGGAGUUCACAGCGUGACCCCAUCUCUGUCUUUCACCUCCUGGAAACUGUGUACAACGCAUUCGAUGAGAUUGCCGCUCGCAGAAAAGUGUUCAAAGUGGAGACUGUGGGUGAUUGUUAUGUUGCUUGCUGUGGUCUUCCUGAACCCAACAAGAAUCACGCACUGGUCAUGGCCCGCUUUGCUCAAGAUUGCGCCCGCAGGGUUCGAGUUGUCACUCGCAAGUUGGAAGUGGAACUCGGACCAGAGACUUCCGCGCUUGGGUUCCGAUUUGGUCUUCACAGUGGCCCUGUCACUGGAGGAGUGCUGCGGGGACAGCGUGCUCGUUUCCAGCUUUUUGGAGACACGGUGAAUACUGCAGCUAGAAUCGAGUCGACGGGAAAGAAGGGUAGGAUUCAGAUUUCUUCCGCCACAGCCAACCUUAUCCGAGAAGCUGGAAAGGGUGCCUGGGUUGUCCCGCGUGAGGAUAAAGUCUUGGCCAAGGGUAUUGGAAUCGUAGAAACCUGCUGGUUGACGCUGAAAGCAAUUGACGAGGGCGAUGCAGAUGCGGACAUCACCGAGAGAGAAGACGACGAAUUGGGUGGCGAGUUCCGUGACAAGCAGGUUGGAUUGGUGGACUGGCACACUGAAAGUCUCGCACAGUUUCUCAAGGUGGUGGUGGCCCACCAGCGUUCGGCCCAGCAAAAGAAGGACAGUGAUAGUGGACUCAAAGCAGCAGAACAGGAAGUUCUUGAUCGCAGGGCUGCUCCAAUCGAGGAAAUCUCCGACAGAAUUCCUUUCCCCGAAAUCGAGAAUUUGGAAGCAAUCCAAGAGGCUGCAGAGUCAAUUGAAUUGGGCAUGAGUGUUAUGAUGCAACUCCGCAACUUUGUGUGGUCAAUGGCUGCUACGUACAAGCAAGUUCCAUUCCAUAACUUCGACCACGCUUCCCAUGUGGUAAUGAAUGUCAUGAAGCUCUUGGGUUCUGCCAGCAAUCACAAGGACGAUGGUUUGGAUGAUCCUUUGGCCCGCUUCACGUUGGUACUGGCUGCAAUUGUCCAUGACGCUGACCAUCCAGGUGUCCCCAAUGGCCAGCUGAACAAGGAGCAAGAUUCGAUUGCGAUGGUGUAUAACGGACAGAGUGCGGCGGAACAGAACUCGCUAGACAUCACUUGGAACUUGCUCAUGGAAGAUCAGUACAAGGAUCUGCGCCGCACAAUCUACAAAAACAAGGAGGAAAUGAUUCGAUUCCGCCAACUCUUGGUCCACACUGUCCUCGUUACAGACAUUGUGAACAAGGAGCUUCAAACCAAGAGGAAGGAAAGAUGGAACCGUGUCUUUGGCACUUCCGGUGAGGCCCCACAACCUCCCAGCAUGUUUGAAACACUGGAGGAUAUCCAGAGCGAACGUCGCACAGCCUUGCUUGAGCUUGUGAUUCAAGCCUCGGAUGUGAGCCACACAAUGCAACACUGGCACAUCUAUCGGCAGUGGAACACCUGCCUGUUCCACGAAAUGGACAAGGCUUGGAGUGAAGGGCGCGCCGACAAGGAUCCUCGCAAGGACUGGUACAAGGGCGAGAUUGGCUUCUUCAAGUUCUACAUUUUGCCACUGGCUGACCGUGUCAAGCAUUCCAGCGCCUUUGGAGCAUUGGGAGCGGAGCUUUACCAUUGUGCUGAAAGCAAUAUGAUGGAGUGGGAAAUGAAGGGCGAGCAGGUGACCCAAGAGCUGAUCGAAGCCACUGCCAAGAAGAGCGAAGCCACUGCCAGGAGGAGAAAUUCAAUGGAUGCGAGUAAGAAGUUUUCGACAGCACAAUUUGAGGACAAGCCUGAACAGGCUCUACAGGCAGCGGCUGAAGUAUUCACAGAUGAAAUUGACCUUUAGGGCUGUGACAAGCACUGGGGCAGUGUCCUAUCGCCAUCUUUCACAUGUUGCAAUCAACAACUGGCACAAGGAGACCUUUGCAAGCAAGCAACAGUUACCUCAAGCAUCUUAUUUCCCUUUCCCUGCUUGCUUGUUUGAAUGUGUUUCUUCCAAACUUCCUGAACGAAUUCUACAUAUUAUACGUUUCCACUUCCUGCAUUCUUGCCUCCUGCUAUUAGGUAAUGCAUAUUAUU